GAUAAUACCAAAAAUAGUGGCACACACUGCACGCGACCAACGCGAUUACAUCCGCAUCUGACACACAUACUGUGCACGCAUAUCCGAAAGCUGAAUGAAAAGAGGGGCAUGAGCUGAAGUGUUGAAACAUGGAGUGCAGACGACAAUCGCCAAAAUGACUUUGAAAUAUGAUCGCCCAUUCGGCCGACACAGACAUUUUCAUGACCAUGGUGACACAGUUUGGAAUACCAGGAUUAAUAAUGCAGUAAUAGACGGACCUAAUAUUGAUAAAGUUAAUUGUUGCAUCCAGGGACACAGGACUCGCACAUCAAGACAAAUGCGGAAGAAACGGUAUAAACAAAAUACAGGAAUAUAUAGCUGCGGGCAUUGUAUACGGACUACCAGUGACAGAGGUACCAGUGAGGUACGGGGGAGGUCCGGGGGACCGCUCCGAUGGUCUGACGGUGGAAGUGGUGGUAGGAGUUUUGUGACGCCGAUGACUCGGCCAGCUUCUUUGGGGUCUUCAGACGUUGCGAUGAUGAAUUUGUUAUGGAGUUUGCUUCUUCUCGCCACUUUUGCUUUUAUGCCAGUAACAUGCCAGAACAUAUUGGUGACGGUCCAUCCAGAUACAGUGCAGGUGACCGAAGGAUUAAGUGCAACUCUCCAUUGUAAUUACACCGUGCCCAUCAUUGACUCAAGCCUAGACCAAUUAGACCAGGACCUAGAACCAGUACAGGUGUCCAAUCAAGACCCAACGAUCACGUGGUUGAAAGAUGGCGCCGUGCUUCGGACGUACAGUGGUGUGGGCCGCAAUACCGUUACCCAGAGCGAUAGGAUAGCCAUAGUUGCGCCCACGUCGUUGAUGAUAUCCCGGGCUGUCGACGAGGAUGCUGGUACCUACACCUGCCAAAUUGAGCAAGGAGCUUUGAUAGGGUCAGCAUCAGCCACUCUAAACGUUGUAGGGGUUAUCGAAGGAAGCACCCCUGACCUCUUGGGUCACGAAGGCAGCUAUGAGACGAGUAUCCUGGAGGGAGAGACACUUCGUUUACAAUGUAAAGGAUCAUAUCCUCUCAGCUGGACUUAUUAUCAAGGCAUUGACCACAGCAAGGUGUUCAUCCGUUCUACCCUUACUCCGAUACCAGAUUCAUCUUCUUGGAACGAGACCAGUGAACUGCUUGUAGUGAAUGCAACCACCACAGACACAGGGUAUUUUACCUGCACACAUACCCAUGACAGUGAAGACUUCUCCAGGGAUAUAUAUGUCUAUGUCAAUGCCUCUGAUGCCAACAGGCUAUUCUUGCCAAGUGACACCACAACUAUUUCCGUGUAUGCUCUGGACCCGUUUAUCCUGCCAUGUCGUGUCACCGUACCUUCGACCGAAGUGAAUCUGGUCCUGUCGAACGGUGGAGUAGUGUCGCGAGAUGAGUUACCAAGUUACGAUAACAAGAUAGGGUUCAGUGUGAGUGGUGUGGAGGCAGACUUAUACCAGGGGGACGUGUCCUGUAGAGCAACCUAUGAAGGAUCCACAGUGGAACAGACAUACUUCGUGCAGAUCAUCAGAAAGCCUACUAUCUUGAAUUCAACGGCUGACAUUAAGAUCAAGGAGUUCACUAAACUCACCCUGGUGUGUGAGGGCGCCCAGCCACUUAUCUGGGUCCACGAGCUCCCUGACCUGGAAGUGAAUAUCAUCGUCUCCACGUUACGGCGACCCAAUGGAGACGUGUAUUACAGGAGUAUCUUAGAUAUAGAUCCUGCACAGUAUAGCAACACAGGGUAUUUCUCUUGUCUCUUCUUGCGGUACAUCAAGUCUGAGGACCUGUCUCUGAGAACCUCGGUCUAUGUCUUCGUCAGUAGUGAUGAUGAAACCCGCAUAUUCCUUCCAAAGUACGCUACAGAGCAUAUAGAGUACAACAAGUCAAAUCCAGUCACCGUUCCCUGUCGAAUAUCUGACCCAAGCCGUCUUGUGACCUUCAAAGUGUUCUACAAAGACACUUACAAGGAAUACCUGACUUUCUAUUGGACAUAUACAUAUGACCCAAAGGUUGGCUACUUGCUGGAGCCAGAGCGAAUCGAUGUUGAGGCGAUAAGCCUCAUCUUCACGUGCUAUGCCAUUACUGCAAAUAGGACUAGCAACCAAACAUUACCAGACAAUGACCGAAACUUGGCAUCUAUGACUAUGAUCUUGGAUGCUGGAGCGAAUGAAAAGCCUUUGUUGAAACUGCAAGUUACUCAAGACAAACAAGAGGUUAUCGCCUACAAGGAGGGGUUUCAACUGAAUUGCAUAGGAACGGUAGCUGCCUAUCUUCUGUCUCUGGAAAACUCAGUAGAAUACCAACCCAGCUUUGCAUGGGUGAGACCAGGGGGUCAGAGACCUACAGAGCUAGAACGUAAAUAUGAUGAAUUAGGUUUUGACACUACCACAUAUGACGCUCAAUUCAUCAAAUUUAUGAUUGUUGAAAAUGCUACAUUAGAAGAAGAUGGCACCUACACAUGUUAUGCUGAAAAUAUUGGACUGGCGUUAGAAGAAGAGAUCACCGUUCAAGUGCAUGCUAGGGGAUACGCAGGCAUCAGCCAUCGUUACAAUGCUACGGAUCCUUCAACCAACCUUACGGCUAUUGUUAAUCAUCCCAAGUGCAUCUCCUUUGACGUCCCCGCAUACCCACCGCCUCAGGUCAAGCUUUCUCCUCAAAGGAACUGGGUCCUCACGAUGGAUUCUAGCACAAAGAUUCUUAGCAUGUGCAGUCCGAACGUCUCAGAGGCUCACGAAGGAGACUACACUGUGUAUGUAUGGAACGAGUAUGAGAAUGCCACUAUUAGCUUCUUCUUCUCAGUACAGGUACCUCCACAAUCCUUCAUCUCGAUGGAUCCUGCACCGAUCAGACUGUUUAAUUCAACUAUAAAUGGUUUCGUCAAAGACGAGAUGUAUACUUUAGAGUGUAAAUCAACAGGGAAACCUAAACCAAUGGCACGUUGGUUCUACAAGAGGUGCUCGGCUAACCCCUCCGUGGAACUAGAGUGUGGAUCUAGUGAGAGUUUGGCCCCGGUUUCUGUUGAGUCUGGUUUUGAGAGUGUGGAUUAUUCUCAUGAUGGCAGCAUCGCUACACUCACAGUUGAGGCUAGUGUGUGGACCAUGUAUCACUGUAAAGUUUGGUCUACGUCUCCAUUUUUUGACGAUGUCGAGGAAAUCGUUGAAUUUAAAGUCCUUGAUACUGCUGCUGGCGUUAGCAUAUCAACAGGAUCUGACAUUGCCUACAUUAGUGAUGAUCUUACUCUGGAAUGCCAUGCGACAGUAUUCUUCUUCACCGAGAUAAAAUGGGUCUUCAUCAGCCCCAAUGGUACUGAUGUCUGGUUGAACAGCUCAGCCCCAAAGUACAGCUUUCCCCUCUAUUCUCUCGUUUCAACUCUAUUGGUAACCAAUGUCAGUUUUAGUGAUGCUGGAUCCUACGUCUGUGUUGCAACCAACGGCAGCAACCCUAAUUGGGAGAAGAACGCAUCACAGGUCAUCAGUGUCAGAGAAGUGAGUAAGCCAGAGAUUCUCCAAGCCUCAGAAGAACCCAGAGUCAUCAGCCUAGAUCGCAUGAAGGAGAACCUCCGCAUCCAAUGCCUUGCUCAAGGAUAUCCUCGUCCAAGCUUGAGCUUAUACCGCAUCCAAGCUGGCAGCAUACCCUUGAAUGAUGCGGUUGUCGGGGGCAACGCAUCAGUGGUGUGGCUGGAUUAUGAAGUGGCUAACCCACCACUUGAUAAGAGCGGGAGGUAUGAAUGUGUAGCAGAGAGCAGAGGCGGAGAAGAUAGGCAGACUUAUGACGUUUCCAUCACAGAGCUCCCAAAAUUAAAGAUUGAGAUUGGCGACAGUGAGGUCAAAGCUGGGGAGAAUGUCACUAUCAGAUGCUUUCUUGUAAGAGGACACCCCAUUCCAAAGGUUCAGUUGAAGAAAGAGAAUGUUCAAGUCUACCUCUGGCAAGGUGUCGGUAACAUCUCUUACACUCUAACAGCGGAUAUCAACGCUGGAGGAAAUUACUAUUGUGAAGCACUUGAUGCCAACUCUACAUCAGAAUAUGCUGAGCUAGUCAUUGAGCAACCACCUCCUGGCAUUCUGGAGAGGAUCCUACCUUAUCUUGUCUCAAUAAUAUGUGUCAUCUUUCUCAUCAUCCUCAUAUACUGCAUGUACAAGUAUCGACGGAGACCCAAGGUUCGUCGUGCAUCUCGCCUACCCCCCAUUGAGAUGCCAAGGUUUGGCAGUAACAGAAGGUCUAUUUAUUCAGUGAGUGACGACCCCUAUGAGAACAUUGCAUACAAUCAAAGGUGGGAGUUCCCCAGAGAAAGAUUAAAACUGGGUGGUGUAAUAGGUAAAGGAGCCUUUGGUAUGGUCAUCAAAGCUGUUGCUGUAGGCAUUGAUGGGACUGAGAAUAACAUCACAGUGGCAGUCAAGAAACUCAAAAGUGGAGCAACGUCUCUGGAGAAGAAGGCCUUGUGGGCGGAACUCAAAAUGCUUGGUCACAUCGGGAAACAUCUCAACGUGGUUAACUUUCUUGGUGCUUGCACCCAAAACGGUCCUGUCUUGGCCAUUGUUGAAUUCUGUUGCCACGGGAACCUGCUAGACUUCCUGCGGUCCAAGAGGAAAUACUUCUCGGAGACCCCUGAGGGUACAGGUAGUCAGAGUCACACCGGUCAUUCAAGCAGUACUGGAGCUAGUAAUACCUUCCAGACCUCCUCGGGCAGUGAAAGACGCAUGAAGGCCGUCUAUGACCAGAUUAUUCCAGAGGAAGUUUUCUCCCCUCUCCAAGAUGACCCUAUUAAUAGUCAAGAUCUCCUAUGUUAUAGCUUCCAAGUGGCAAGGGGCAUGGAAUUCCUUGCUUCUAAAAAUGUAAUUCAUCGUGAUCUAGCAGCCAGGAACGUACUAGUAACAGAAAACUACACCCUCAAGAUAUGUGACUUUGGGCUGGCCAAGCAUCUAUAUGAUGAUCCGGACUAUGUCGCAAGUGGCAAGCAAGGACGUUUACCUAUCAAGUGGAUGGCACCAGAGUCUAUUUUUGACAAAGUAUUCACAACAUACAGUGAUGUGUGGGCCUAUGCUGUUUUCUUGUGGGAAGUAUUUUCUCUCGGUGGUUCUCCAUACCCAGGGAUUCAGAUUGAUGAGAAGUUCUACAAUAAGAUCAAGAAUGGAUAUCGAAUGAACGCACCUGACUAUGCACCUCCAGGAGUAUAUGAUACAAUGUUGGAAUGUUGGACACCGGAGCCAGAGGCGCGGCCAUCAUUCAGUAUCCUAGCAGUCAGAUUGGGUGAUAUGUUAGAAGCUAAUGUUGCAUCAGACUAUAUAGAGCUGAAUAUGCCAUUCGAACAAGCGAACAACGAGAUAUUACAAGAGCUUCCUUCUCCACACGAGCACACGCCCCUUUUGCAGCCCCACCCACCAACCCAUUUCAAACCAUCUCCGGCAAACAGCACCCCCAACACACCCCCUGUCACAACCUGCAUGGUGCCCAGUGAUUCUGGUGUAUCUGCACAGGACCGGGACCCUUCACUGCCCAGUAAUGGGAUGGGUAGUCAGCCAUUUUUGUCGAAGGAUGGUGUUCAGAAUAACACCACUGUCCAGGAGAUUAAUGAAUUAGAGGAGGAAAUGAACUCGCAUGAAGAUGACGUCUUUCUGGCUCCAGAAGCCACUACUAAUGGAUUAACAGGAUUUCGUGUAAAUGCACAAAACACAUGGUUAUGACCAACCAAUCACUGCAUCGCUUGUUUGCACCUCAUCUUCUUUCGUUUGCCUUCUUCACCCUGACCUCACCUCCUCUCUAUGUAUUGUGCUCUCAGCUUUCUCUGCAAAAUGUGGCAUGUUCGGUGCUUUUGAACCACAUUUAGCAUCCUUUUGCUUCUGAACUAUUUUGUGUUGCAUGUUGAGUUUGUGUCUUGAAAACAAAUGUAGCGUGCUUUUGCAAAUGAGCUAUCUGAUUUUGCAUGUUGAAUGUUUGUCUUAAAUCCUCAAGUAAAGUCCUUUUGCUUCUGACUUCUAUUUUUCUAUGGAUUCAAAAUUCUGUUUUUUAAGCCAGUGUUUGCAUCUUUUUUUAGUUUGUGUUAUUUUAUAUUUAUUUCUUUGUGAAAUCUAAAUUCAUUGUGGCUGUGCUCACUUUCCUUCUAUGUCCAACCACAUGUACUCUUCUUUUCUUGUACCUUUUCGUUCAGACUUCUCUCAAGAGAGGACCAUAUUUUCCCUUCAUGUCAACCUAUUAUUUCUAGCACCUUUAAAAAAACCUAAUCACAGAGGCUUUAUCUGACUACUUCUUUAUUUCAGCCAGGAAUUUUCCCCAUUUGUCAAAAAUUAUCCUGAAAUUUGUUUCUUGUCUUUUCUGACCAGGUAAUCAGAUAUGUUACAUUUUAUCUGUUUUAUCAUCUCCCCAAUUAUAGUUUGCAUUAUGUAUUUGAUAUUUUCUCUUUUUUCUCAUCCCUCUCCAUCUUCUCUGCCCUCUCUCACUUUCUGAUCUUACUCUUGUGAAGACAGAUGGAGCAAACUAUUUACCUCUCACAUUGAACAAUGAAAUUUGCUGCUCACAUUCACCCCAUUAAACUCAUAAGACCUUCAACUAUUAAACAUACAUGUCACUUAAUGAUACUUUUAUAAACAGGCUUUGUAUUUUUAAGUUAUGUAAAAAAAAUAAUGUGCAAUAGCUUAGAGGUACAUUUAGAUACAAAAUGUAUUUGUAUGAUAAAUUGUUAUUUUUUUAGAGCAUGUUCUAUUACAUUGUUGUAGUGUAGUAUGAUUUUAGAUACAUUUAAAGAGAUUAUUCAGGGAAUUAAUGUGUGAUUGUGCCAUUGCCAAAGUGCGAUGAGAAGUUCUUUCAUCAUGUCAAAUCCAAAGUAAGAGGAUACAAAUUGAUAAAGAUGCUGUCAGUCACUAGGAUUUGUUAUACUUGAUCUUAAUACAGAAACAUUCCUGAAUGAUGUUAAGUGUGUGGGUGUGUCUGCGUGUGUGUUUGUGUUUGAUUACAGUAUUCUUUAUCUUUCAUGACAUUUUUUUUUAUUGAAAGCAUUUGAAAAUGAAAAAAGUAGAGGCUGUAAAGGUUUUAAUGCAACAACAAGAACAAAAUUUGAUUGAUGUUUUGUAAAUUGGUUGGAUGAAGUUGAUAAGAUAUUGAGAUGUGAUCAGAAAUUUAGGUUUAAAUCAUUAAAAGAAUAUUACAGAAUGUCAUGACCCUCAUUCCCAAAGGUCAUCUGAAAAACCUUCCCUAGUGUGAAAAAGGUAUGGUACACUAUCACAAAUUCAGUUUAGUCCUUUACUUUCUACACAUGUACGUGGAUAUUUAUUAUGUAUCAUGUACAGUGCUUGCUUUAUGAUUGUAAAUUAAGUUAUCAUCAUGAAAUUUGUAUCUGCAUAAUCCCCCAGUUUCAUGAAAGAGACCGACAACACACCGCAGAGUAACAGAGUAUGAAGUUAUGUUACACCAAAUGACCAAGAAGAGGUUGCUUUGGAGCUUGAUUUAAAGUCAGUUUUGAUGGUGUGACUGUGAUAUAAAUAUGCAUGUUAGAAGAAGAAAUAUAUAUUUCUUCAACAUAUGAUCCAAAGAAUCGGAUAGCCUCUGAAAUAUUAAUAUGCAUCCAUCCCCCAACUUCUUAUCACAUAUUUCUUGUGUAGAGUUCUAACAGCAUAACAAAUAAAUUUGCAAGAUAAAAGUAUUUUGAUUAUUGUAAAAUGCAAGAUAUGGUCAGUAGAUUUGUGUCAAUCGAAGCACCAUUUGACACAUCCUCUUUUAAAAUGUUUAAUGUCAAUUAAACUUAGAAAUGAAUUGAUUGAUUGAAUUAGGACAUUCAUAGUACUAUUCUUUAGGGAUGUGCU